GGGAGACGCCCCAGGGAGACGGGAGACAGGGGGAUAAAAAGACAGAGACAGAGGGAGGCAGGCGAGAGCUGGUCUCACUGUAGGAGAAGAAGGCAGGAUGGAUAGAAAGAUUAAAGGCAUGAGAGAGAGAGAAGUGGUAGCCAGCUGUAGUCAGAAGAUAUAGCAAGUCCAAGUUUAAAAGUUUUGAAUAACAAGUAAAGGAGGUGAGUGAAAAUGGAAAGAGAGGAGCAGAGUGAGAACAGCUGGCACGCCAUAGCCGUCAUUCUUCUGUGCUGUGGGGCCGUUAAAAUGCUGCACCUACUGGGAGUCAUCACUGUGGAGGACAAAAAUGACGAUGACUUGGAGAUGACCAUGGUGUGCCAUCGACCGGAGGGCCUCGACCAGCUAGAAGCUAUAACCAACUUCAGCAAAAGAGAGCUCCAAGUGCUCUACCGGGGCUUUAAGAAUGAGUGUCCAAGUGGCGUCGUGAAUGAGGAGACUUUCAAGCAAAUAUACUCCCAGUUCUUCCCACAUGGAGACGCCAGCACCUACGCACAUUACCUGUUCAACGCAUUUGACACAGGAAACAGCGGCUCCAUAAAGUUUGAGGACUUUGUAACAGCUCUGUCCAUCCUGCUGAGGGGCUCCAUCACUGAGAAGCUACAGUGGACCUUCAACCUUUACGAUAUCAAUAGAGAUGGAUACAUCAACAAAGAGGAGAUGACAGACAUCGUCAGAGCGAUAUACGACAUGAUGGGGAAGUACACUUACCCAGUCUUGAAAAACGACGCACCCAGACAGCAUGUGGACGCCUUCUUUCAGAAAAUGGACAAAAACAGAGACGGUGUGGUCACGCUGGAUGAAUUCAUCCUCUCAUGUCAAGAGGAUGAAAACAUCAUGAGGUCUCUACAGCUCUUUGAAAACGUCAUCUAAACAACAAAAGAAGAGGGAGACGGAGCAACAGACGAAAGCACAGAGCGGGAGAAGAGAAAAGAACAAAGAAAGAGGAGAAGGAGUGAUGAACAUGCAAGAGAAAAGGAGCCUGCAAUUGAAACGAAACAUGGACGUUGUCGCUUUGGGUGGUACGGUUGCCUCAAAACAUGACGGAAGGCAUCUCGCUGUAACAAAUCCAUGGCGGCAAACGUUUUUGGAAAACAUCCUUUGGACUUCAACCCUUCAUUUGACCUCUCUGUAACCAUUUACCUCGUCUCCAUCUCCCUCGUUUGUUGCUGUCAUUAACUAUCAACUCAGACAGUGUGCAUUUCAUGGCAUUGUGUAAAUACUGAUUCUCUCACAUUUGGUCUUUUCUGAAACGUGUAAAUUGAACCACAUCAUCAAGCAGGACUGGAAUUCUCAAAAGCAGCUUAGCGGUGAGAUCAACCCAACGCAUACUUUGUGCAUCGGAGGCUUAAAUAACAGCUGUUUUCAUCAUGAAUUUCUGUGUCAAUACAUCAAACGUGAGCAAUAUUGUGAAGCAUGCAAGACAAGAGGCCUAUAUGGCAUAUUUAACGUAUAAACUUGGUGGCAAAUAUACUCAGCUAAGUGCAUACAUAUGGGAAGAAGGUCUGGGUGUAGCAUCUCACACAGCCACCUCAUCUGGUUUCCGACUAUAUUCAAGUCUGUAAAGGUUUGCAGAAUUUGACCUCAGCCAAGCUUGCAGUCUUACGUCUCGUGACAGCUUGCAUCAGUCCUCUUUUACACCUACUGUGUGUGUUACAGUGGUGUCAGUCAGUGUUUCAAUGUAAUGCGACUGUAGAUAUUUAACUGUUGUAUUUGUGGAAUCAUUCGUGUGUCUCGUCUGCGUGUUUCUGACUAUCUGUCUGUCUUUCUGUCAAACUGGAUAAAUAUUCUACCUGACGCUCAUUGUUAAAUAAAGAGUCCAUUUACAGGUUACAGAGUGACACAGUGGACGUGCAUGUGUGUGUGUGUGCGUGUGUGUGUGAGGUGUCCUUAAGUUAAGUUUGCCUGAAUAUCAGUGUAAUUUUUUUUAGCAUGUAACUCAUUCGUGUUUCUGCCAGAGAGGAGUCUUCAGUUCUGUCUGUUAAAAAAUGUCGACCAACCUUUCACUGUGAGGGAGAGACAGGGGAGGAGAGCUAAAAGGAUAGGACAGACGACGAGAGAGACCUUGUCACUGAUUCUGAAGGAAUGGAAGCCAUGUUUCAAACAAAGAGCCAUUGUUUUGAAGAUUGAGCAGGACAAAAAUGCAGAUUUAGAAAUGAUUUUCUGUCAUGCCCACUCACUGUGCUACCAAUAAAAAAAUCCUUGCUGAGACGCGUUCAUCUCAAAUGUACCCAUCCAGAUAGACUGACAGACAGGAAGACAAACAGCUUACAACUGUCAGAAUGAAACAAUGUGUGUAUUGAAAUAUUGUAUAAAAUCAUUAUAUUUAUCAAUAAACUUUUCAAGAAACAA